AGUCGCAGUAGGGGACUAAAACUUGACACUUCCUUGACAGGUCUGAAUUGAUGAACGCUGUAGACACAGGAAGACUAAUUGCAAGAUUAUUGCUCCCAUAUCAGCCAUAAACCCGCAUGGACAAGAAGCUUUCGCCUCGCUCCGUGUCCUGCGGGCCGAGACCGAUGUCAUCGCCGCCGAGACGGAUCCCUCAAACCCGAGCGUCAGAUUGUCAACAUUACCGGGGAUGAAUGGUGGCGCGUUUGCUGAACGUCAAUACUAAAGCGUCAAAAUGAGACUGCUAUUUUCUCUGCUGAAGAACAACAACCCCAAAGUGGAGUAUUACUCCAGGUUCUCACCGUCACCGCUCUCCAUCAAGCAGUUUUUGGAUUUCGGGAGGGAGAACGCAUGUGAGAAAACAUCGUACAUGUUCCUGCGCAAGGAGCUGCCCGUGCGUCUGGCCAACACCAUGCGAGAGGUCAACCUGCUGCCCGAUAAGCUGCUCAGCCAGCCGUCCAUCCGCCUGGUCCAAAAAUGGUACAUGCAAAGCUUUGUGGAGUUGCUGGACUAUGAGAACCGAAAACCUGAAGAUCCUCAUGCAUUGAAUGACUUCCUGGAGUUGCUGAUCGAGAUCCGCAACCGUCACAACGACGUGGUUCCAACCAUGGCGCAGGGUGUCAUCGAGUUCAAGGAGAAGUUUGGCUUCGACCCCUUCGUCAGCAGCAACAUCCAAUAUUUCCUGGACCGCUUCUACACCAACCGCAUCUCCUUCCGCAUGCUCAUCAAUCAGCACACGCUCCUGUUCGGAAAUGACACCAACCCCGCUCAUCCCAAACACAUCGGCAGCAUCGAUCCCACCUGCUGCGUGGCCGAAGUUGUCAGUGAUGCGUAUGACACGGCCAAAAUGCUGUGUGAGAAGUACUACUUGGCUGCUCCUGAGCUCCACAUUGAAGAGUUUAACAGUAAGAGAUUUCAAGUGAAGAGCCCCAGAAAGUCAAUCCAGGCUGUGUACGUGCCCUCUCAUCUUUUCCACAUGCUGUUUGAGCUCUUCAAGAACUCCAUGAGAGCCACGGUGGAGCUUUAUGAGAACAGCACUGAGGGAUUGCCGGCCGUGAAAGCAAAAGUCACUCUUGGUAAAGAGGAUCUCUCCAUCAAGAUCAGCGACAGGGGAGGAGGAGUUCCUCUGAGGAAGAUCGACCGGCUUUUCAACUACAUGUACUCCACCGCCCCGACGCCCAGCCUGGAGCCGGGCGCCGUCCCCCUGGCCGGCUUUGGCUACGGUUUACCCAUUUCUCGGCUCUACGCGCGAUACUUCCAAGGGGAUCUGAAGCUGUACUCGAUGGAGGGUGUGGGCACCGAUGCUGUCAUCUAUUUGAAGGCCCUGUCGAGCGAGUCCUUUGAGCGGCUUCCCGUCUUCAACAAGUCGGCGUGGCGACACUACACCACCAGCCCCGAAGCGGACGACUGGAGCAACCCCAGCAAGGAACCGCGUGAUGCCAGCAAGUCCAAAUACAAGACCAACAGAUAACUCGGCGCGCUCCUUUACAAAUGACCAGAUAAGCAUUCCAAAAAGUCUCACUUCUGCAACUCCGUUUCUUACGCGCCGGUGACGCUUGUUCAAAUGUCCUUUUGGUUUUUCGCGUGUUGCUUAGCCUAGCUCAGCCUGGCACACGGCUUCCUGCGCUUCGAUGAGUCAUCAGUGUCUCUUUGGCGUCCAAAGGGCGUUUUCGCUUCUCCCCUCACACUUUGAGUUUCAGUGGUGUCGUCCUUUCUUUGAGAGAUCGCUUUUGACCGGACACACACAAGAAGUGGUGGCAGUGGGCGAGUCUUGUUUCAGCCUGGCGGGCAAGUCGUUCAUCGACAGAAGCAGAAUUCUGCAACACAAUUCCACUCCGAUAAGGCCUUACUACUGAAUAUUACGGUGCGUGUUUUAGGUUUAGAAUCUCUGAACAUAAUUGUGCAAUGUCGGUGGGUUAGUGAUGUGCUACCCUUGCUCUCUGUGGACAUUCAACAAAUGGAAAAAAAGGCCAACAGGUGGAUUAGUGAGACAAGGGAACGGACAUGUGCAGGUGGAGACAGAGUAUUCAGCACCCGAACCGUGCACCGUCAUAGUUUGAACAUGAUCUGCUUUUUCUUUUAAUACUGGGAGUGAAAAUAAGACCAAGUGCCAGCAAAUUGGCUCUUAUUAUCCAAGAGCAAAUGCACCUGCCAUCUGUAAACAUUAGUUUUCCGCUUGGUUGUACUGUACGGCUUUUCUUUGAACAUCAUUAUUUUUACUCGGGGUGGGUGGGGUUAGGGGCAUUUCUUUUAAUCAGGCAGGACACAAAGGCUGAAGGCUUUGUGGGGCUGCAAAAGAAAAUUUCCUGAAUCAAACACAAUACAAAAGAGUGCACUUUACUAAUAUUACUCUGAUGAUGUAUAUUUUAAUUUGACUCAAGUCAUAGUUUAAUCAAUUGUGAAGAAUUUCUAAUGCCUAGUUUUUUGGAAAUUCCGUCCUCAAGGAAAAUUGAAAUUGGUCAAGCCUUUGAGGGACAGCGGUUAGUUACCACAGUGGACAGCUUACCAUGUUAUCAGGUUGGGUGAAAGGCUGAAAAGAACAAACGCAGAGUUUGCGAUCUGAAGGCCUGUUGAAGCCCGAUAUCCAAUUGUUGCUUUUUGCAUCCGUUCUUUGAGUGUUGAAGAAGAAACCCGGCGUGUAUACAACCGUGAAUAAUAUAUUUGUUGCGUAUGUAUGCUGCCAGUGCGGCGGCGACGGCUCUCAUUUUCCCUCUCCCGGCUUCAAACCGUGUCUUGAUAUGCAUGAACUGUGAUGGUGGCCCCAUGCCGACAUGCAAUCACGAACCCAAAAGCCAGCGAGAGAGCAAAAAUCGGAUUCAGCAUAAGAAUAAAUCACCUUUUGUCAAACAUGACAAUAAAAAAAAAAUAAUGUGU